AUGAGUGUGCUUGUGCCGAUUGAGAGGGGCGAUCCAGUUGGAUCACAGGGUGGGUCGCCACCGUGCACGGCCAGGCACAGGUUCACUCCUCCUGGAAAUCCCAGUACACCGACAGACCCACUGCCUGUGCCUCCGGACGUUGCCGAACCGAACGCGGCCAUUGAAACGCAAGUGACGACCGCUCAUAAGCAUCCAUGCAUAUCUUGUUGGUGUUGUUGUUGUGGAUGCUCUUGUUUCCCAUUAAAAGGUCAUCCCCCCAAAACAAACGGAAACGGAUCUAGCGGCGGCAUAAUCGAAAAUCCGGUAGAGCUAAGGCCUCCUUUGGACGAAAUACGAAGUUGGAGCAAAUCAUUUGACCGACUUCUAAAGUGUCCUGCGGGAAAAAAGAUAUUUCGUGAUUUCUUACGAUGCGAAUACAGCGAAGAGAACAUAUUGUUCUGGAUGGCAGUAGAAGAGUUAAAAAAAGAAUCGAAUCCUGAUGUAAUAGAAGAAAAAGCUCGGUUCAUUUAUGAAGAUUACAUUUCGAUUCUAUCUCCUAAAGAAGUGAGUUUAGACUCUCGUGUUCGUGAUAUCGUCAAUAAGAACAUCAAUCAACCAUCAUCUCAUAUGUUCGAUGAAGCUCAGCUACAAAUUUACACGCUUAUGCAUAGGGAUUCUUAUCCAAGAUUUAUUAACUCAUCGCAGUACAAAAAAUUAGCCAAACUUGAAAAUGGAGCUACCGGUAAUGCUCCAAACAGUGGCCAACAAACCCCAACCAAACGCAAACAGAGCAAUAUAUGA